GACAUGUCCACGAGCCUCUUUGAAUUCUAUCAAUCCUCACUGAUUUUCUGGAGCCAUCUGAUCCAUCUAGUGCUGCAGUUCAUCAAGACCAACUGCUGGAAUCACAUCACACAGAAGGAGCAGCAGCUGGAGGACCUCAACGAACCCUGUGUCAUCUCAAAAACCAUGGACGCCUUCGUGGAGGAGCAGCAGAAGCGGGUGCAACGGAAGGCCCAGGAGUACGCCAAAGUGGAGCUACUGCAUCGCCUGCUCGUCCAGCAGCAACUACAGGAACUGGAGCAGCGCCGACUCAUUCGAUUGGCUCUGGCCAGGAGGCGACUGGACUACUCCAAUUAGACUAGCCGUGCAAUUAGCUCAUAAUUUAUUUAGAUUUAUAAUUUACGCUUAGA